AUGUACAAGGACCGGAAGGAAUACCCGGACGAUGACAAGACCAUGCAGGAGUAUGUUGGUCUUGAUAUUUCAAAUACCGGAAUCAUGAGACCAGCAGAUUCAGUGGGAGCUCAGAUAGAUGAGAUCGAGCGUAUAGAAGAAGAGGCAGAACCAGAAUCGGAUGAACCGAUUGCUGAGAGCAGCACGCCUCUGGCACUGGGCCGAGAACCGAGGAUGAGAAGGGCCCCGGAUAGGGGUACCCUUACCCUGUCUGGGUAUGUUGAUGCUGAUUUUGCAGGAAGUGAUCUUGACAAGAGGAGGAGUACUACUGGUCCCCUCCUUUGCACGGUUUUUCUGAAAGAAGCAGCGGCUAAUGGGCUUUGUCUUGCCGAGAUUGGGGAGAUGAUGAGCCGGGAGUUUAGGAGCGGUGAGGAGGAACCGAGUGAACUCGAGGUUAUAUCGAUCGAGGCCCAAAGGCUUGCUGCUGAGGAGAUUUUAUCUCCUACUACUAAGGUUGGAGCCGAUCUUGAUGAGAGUUUUCAGUUUGACAUAGACUGUGAGGAUAAUAAUGGGUAUGAGUCGACUAUGAAGUUGAUAUCUGACGAGUCUUUUACAUCUAUGCCCUUCCAUUUUGGAUUCGGGAGUUUCAACGGACGAACUCUACUCUCUAGACUAGAGGAGACUGUUGAGGAAGAUGAUGAUAGUGAAUUAGCAGAUGAGGAACAAAAUGGGCUGACUAGCACUCGAACUGUAGUUAAGCGCCCGAUCGCAGUUUCAAAACUCUCUGUUUCUCUCAAUAAUACUAGCUUAUCUGACAAAACCCAGAAAUUGGGAAAAUUUUCGGGUGCAAAGGCAGACAAUGGAUAUCUUGCCAACUCAUCGUCUGGCCAUAGGAGUGCAAAUGAGCAGCUCCCUGUGAGCGUGAGUUUUGUUAAGCUAGCGGAUAUGAGUGAGGACGAGUGGGCCCUUUUUCUCGAGAAGUUUGUCGAGCUGCUCGGGCCAGCUUUUGACAAGAGGAAGUCUGCUAGCUUCGGUCAGAGGCAGAGGCAGCGGCUCGGGACUUCCUGCAAGUUUUGA